AUGACUUCUGAAAAUAAUCAACAGGCCGUCGCCAUGGACGCAUUCGCCUGUUCCAGCUACUCAACGUGGGCCUACGCGCUAUGUCAUCAAGGCUUAGAUCCCAAUACUCGUGUCGAGGAAAUCACCUCCUCCAUAAUUCCUUGCUCGAUCGCCUUGAUAUGGGGACUCCAUCGUCGUCGGCAGCUCCAGACUAGAGCAGUCGUCUCCCACGGUUCCCUUCGCCCAGUAGCCAACCUGAUCAGCCUCGUCGCGUUGAGCUUUCUACUGCUCUUGUUCGCACCCAUCACCAUUUCCAUCGUACCUAUCGCGGUUGCCCUCACCUCUGGCAUCAUCCUAUGGCAGGUCCUCGCGGUAUUUCAGAUCAUGGCACUGAUUACCAUUGCCCCUGACAGAUAUGGUCAGAGUCACUUUGGCAUCAGUCUUGCUUCCUGGAUCCUAUCGGUUGCGACGAGUGUCCUCUUUAUAUUGAUAUCAGAGCGAGAGCACAGCAGAUCCUUGGCUCCAUCUGCGCUCCUCCAACUCUUUCUUCUGGUCACUGUAUUCCUCGACGUAGCUCGCGUUAGGACGGCUUGGCUUCUGUCAUCGCAGAUCAACAACGAGGGAAUGAUCGCUAUGCUAUUGACAGUUCAGGUAGCCCUUAAGGUGUUGCUACUCCUAGCCGAGUCUGCGUCAAAGCCCACCAUCAUCGCCAUCCCAGCUCGCCGUGUCUCUCGGGAGGAAACAGCAGGCAUCUUUGGCAAGAGCUUCGCGACGUGGAUCAACCCACUGCUACGGCUGGGAUGGAAGAAGGAUCUCGUUGCGGAGGAUCUCGAUCCUCUGGACGAAGCCCUCGACGGCGAAGUGGUGCUGGAGCGGCUCUCAUUGGCAUGGAAGAAUGUCCACCAGGAGGAAAACCACGCCCUUGUCGUAGCGGUUCUCAAGGCCUUCCAUGCCGAGCUCUUGUUCAUCCACAUCCCGCGCGUCGGCAUGGUGGCCUUUGGUCUGGCACAACCCCUCCUCGUCCAGACCACCAUCGAGUACAUGCAGAACCACAACGACAAGCCCGUCAGCUACGGCCACGCCCUCGUCGGUGCCUUUGCCCUCACAUAUCUCGGACUAGCUAUCUCCACCAGGUGGUCCGGCCAGCUCACCCACCGCCUCAUCACGCGCAUCCGCGGCGCCCUAAUCGCCAAAAUCUACCAAAACAUGCUCACCCUCCGCGCAGAGACGGAUAACUCCCAGGCGGCGGUCGCGCUGAUGAGCACCGAGGUCGAGCGCAUCACCGUGGCGGCUCAAUUUUGCGUCGCCAUCGUCCCCAACCUCAUACAGCUCGGGUUCGCCAUGUGGAUCAUGAGCGAGCAGCUCGGGGCCGUGAGCGUUGCUCCCAUCAUCAUUGCGCUUCUCAGCGUAUCUGCCGGUAUCAGAACGGGCCAGUUGAUUCCACCACGCCAGCGCCGGUGGAUGCAGGCAAUCCAGAAACGGGUCGGCAUCACCACGGAAAUUAUUGGCUCCGUAAAGGGUGUCAAAAUGAGCGGCUUGACCAAUACAGUCCAAGACCAGAUUCAAGGUCUUCGGGACUUUGAGCUCGACGAGUCUAAAAAGUUUAGACGGGUGCAGAUCCUCAACGUACUCAUCGGACAAUUUCCAUCAAUCAUGACUCCCUCCAUUACCUUCGCAGCCUUCGCCAUCAUCUCGAAAGUAGCCGGCGGAAACCCGCUGAACGCGGUUCAGGCCUUCACGUCCCUCAGUCUUCUCGGCAUCCUAAUCAGUCCCGUCUCCGAGCUCGUCAUGAUCCCAAACAACCUCGGAGCGGCCAUUGGUUGCCUCGACAGGAUCCAGGAGUACCUCACAAAGGAGAAGCGAGAAGACUACCGCCUCGUCAAGUCCAAGACGCCUCUCGACCCGGUUGAGAACGGGAGCAGUAAUGGAACUAACGGACCGUCACAGACUGACAGCCAGCUCCAACCUCUGAUCAAGGUCUCCAACGGAUCCUUUGGGUGGCACACAGACCAGGCGAUUCUCAAGUCUCUAGACCUCGAGAUCCCGCCAGCGAGCCUCACGAUCCUCGUCGGACCCGUCGGCUCCGGGAAAUCCACCCUCCUCAAGUCCCUCGUCGGGGAGACGUACCGCAUCUCGGGGUCCGUAGAAUACACAAUCUCAACGGACGUGGCAUACUGCGACCAGGACCCGUGGAUCCUAAACCAGAGCGUCAAGGAAAAUAUCACUGGCGGCAGCGUCGCCACACACGACGAAACAGACUUUUACAACAAGGUCAUCCGGGCCUGUCAGCUAGAAGAGGAUCUCGAUCUCCUCCCGCAAGGUGACGAAACCGUGGUCGGGAGUUCAGGUUCAGCUCUCAGCGGCGGACAGAAGCACCGUAUUGCGCUUGCCAGGGCCGUCUACAGCGGAAAGCAAAUCAUCAUCAUGGACGACAACUUGAAAGGCCUCGACUCCAAGACGGCCUCAAAAUGCUUCAAUGCGCUCUUUGGGGGCGAGGGAUUGUUGCGUGGACGAGGGAGGGCCAUAAUCUUUGCGACGCAUAAUGCCCAAUGGCUUCGUUCGGCAGACAACAUCAUCUCCCUCGGCAGCGACGGAACCAUUUCAGAAACGGGCUUGUACAAAGACCUCUGCAAGACCGGGGGUUAUGUCAGUACUCUAAAAGUCACCCAGCAGAGCGACGAGAGCGUGUCCGUGACAGAAGCAGAAGAAACACAGGAGAUCGUCGACAAAAAGGCCAAGGCUGUGGCUGUACUGAAGCCCGACGACUUGCCCAAGACCAAAAGCCGCGGCGCCGCCAAUACGAGUUCCCUCUUGUAUUACAUCAAGUCUAUGGGAAUCACAUCCUUUGGGUUAUUCAUUUCCAUGGUAAUCUUCCAGACAAUUUGCAGAAUUAUGCAACGCCUCUGGGUCAAGUUUUGGGUCGCAGCCAACGAGGACGGCGGACAGGAGAAUCUAGGAAUGUGGGUGGGCGUCUACAUCCUCUGGGGCAUCUUGACGGAGCUGGCCGUCGCCAUGGAGACAUACUACUUCCUCGUCGUCAUCGUCCCUCACUCAGCCAAGGGACUUCACUUUAGUGUUCUCAAAGCCGCGCUCGCCGCACCCUUGUCUUUCUUCGUCAAGACUGAUACAGGCAUCAUCAUCAACCGAUUCAGCCAGGACAUGAACCUCGUCGACCUCCCGCUCCCACUCGCCUUCAUGCUGACCUUUGACAACCUCACCCUCGCCAUAGCAGACAUAACCCUAACAACCCUGGCAACCCCAUACCUCUCCCUCUCCAUCCCCUUCCUCGCCCUCACCCUCCACCUCCUCCAACGAACCUACCUCCAAACCUCGCGCCAGAUCCGCCUCCUCGACCUCGAGACCAAAUCCCCACUCUUCUCCCACUUCAUCGCCUCCGCCGCCGGCCUAGCCACCAUCCGCGCCCUCGGGGACCCCUGGACCGCCCGUGUCCGCCACCAGAACCUGCGCCACCUCGACCUCUCCCAGCGCGCCUUUUACGCCAUGGGCAGCCUGCAAAAAUGGCUUCUCCUCGUCUUGAACCUCGUCGUCGCCGCCUUGGCCGUGCUCCUCGUCGCCUCCGCCGUCGCGCUGCGCAACACCGUCGACGCGGGGCUUCUCGGUGUCGCGCUCGUGAGCGUCAUGACGUUUGGGCAGCUCCUGACGCAGUUGUUGAAUUACUGGGCGCAGCUGGAGACGAGCCUCGGCGCCGUGGCGCGGAUCAGGGAGUUUGAGGCGGAGACGCCGUCCGAGGAGGGGACUGGUGACGGCGGAAAUCCCGCCGCGAAGGAGGCAGGGCCGGGGUGGCCUUUGGGGGGGCGGAUCGCUAUCCGCAACGUCUCGGCGGCGUACGACGAUCACCAGGUCCUGAGCGGCGUCAACAUCUCCAUUGAGCCCGGCGAGAAGGUGGCCAUUUGCGGGCGGACGGGCAGCGGCAAGUCCACGCUCCUCGCGCUCCUCCUGCGUCUGCACGAUCCCUCCGCCGGCGCAAUCGAGGUGGAUGGCGUCGACAUCCGCAGCGUGCCCGUCACCCAGCUCCGCGAAUCGCUCGUCGCGCUGCCACAGGACCCUCUCUUCCUUCCCGGAACGGUUCGUCGGAACUUGGACCCGUUCAUGGCCCGAGGUGAUGAUGAUGAUGUCGGUAUCUGGGACGCCCUGGAAAAGACGGGGCUCAAGGCUCUCUUUGAGGAUAAAGGCGGUCUCAAGGCGGAUCUGAACACGGACUGGCUGAGUGCGGGGCAGAAGCAGCUGUUCUGCAUGGCGAGGGCCAUCUUGAGGGACAGCCGCGUCUUGCUGCUCGAUGAGGCGACAAGCAGUCUGGACCAAGCCACGGAACAGCUUGUGCAAGACCUCAUCGCUAGCGAGUUCCGAGGCUGGACCAUCAUCGUCAUUGCCCAUCGGCUACGGGCCGUCGUAGACUUUGACAAGAUUGUGACACUCCAGGACGGGAGAGUCGUCGAGUUUGAUAGCCCUAAGAAACUGCUCGAGAACGGCGGCGCGUUUGCCGCCAUGUGGAAGAUUCAAGAAGGUUGA